AUAAGACAUGGUGAAAGAGAGAGCAAGAAUCCAGCAGUCUAUGUAUAGUGAUGCCCAAGAAAUAACAAAAUUAUUUAUGACAUACAACUAGGUCCAUUUUAUAGUUCACACCCUCAAUUUUUCUCACUCAAGACUGUCACGCAUGUUUCUCUCUCUACCCCUUGGCUCUCCCUCCUUAUCCACUCCCACACUGCCUCCUCCCUACUCCCUCCCAUUUACACAUUAUCGUCCCUAAUCUUUCUCUCUAUUUUUCAUACUCUCUCUCUCUCUCUCUCUUUCUCUCUCUAGUACCAGAUAAUGGCAUGUAUGCUACCGCAGUUUAUCCAUAUAAGGACCAGCUACCAUAAUAACUUAAGGACUAGAGAAGCUACUUGUUUUCAGACGCAAUGUGUUUCAUCAACAGCAACAGUGGUUGUAGAUGUGGAUAAGGUGCGGGUCCCUUCUUUGGGAGGUCAUUCAACUUCAGUAUCUACCCAUGGACCUCUGACAUAUGUCGGAACCAUUGGUUCCCAGAAAAAGACAGAUUUUGAGGCCGCCUUAGUGACCGAGUCAUUGCUCAAGAGUGAAGAAGCCAUAAUAGCUGCUGCGGCUGCUGAAGCCAUAGCUCUUGCAAAAGCAGCAGCAAAGCUUGCCAAAGAUGCAGCUCUAAUGGUUGGCAGUGUUCCACCUUCAAGAUCCGACAAAGUCGAUGAUUUCCCAUCAGAGGCCGAUAUUUUAAGGCUCCAGAGGGCUAGGCUAACUGAGAUGGAGCGAAUUGGUUCGAUGGAUGGCUCUUCCAUAGCUGGUAUUGGACCACGUGAUAAGCAUAAAUCGGUCAACCAAUUGAGCCCCAAUGAAAUGGCUGAUAAACAAUCAAGGGAGAACAUUUUAGAAGCGCUACAAUUGCAGCAUUCUCAGAGGGUUGCAGUGAGAUCAAGGCGUCAAACAGAGAGGAGAGCAAGGAGGGCAAAGGGGGUUGAGAAGGCUGCUGCAAAUGCCAUCACUGUUAAGUUGGGAACAACAAGCAGGAGAAAACGAGCUCCUUUGCAAGAGAUUGACUACUCCGAUCCGCUUCGUUACUUGAGGGGAACAACAAAUAGUACUAAGCUUCUCACAGCUACAGAAGAGCUUGAGCUAUCAGAGGGAAUACAGGAUCUUCUCAAGCUUGAAAAGCUACACAAAGAGCUUACAGAAAGAUUUGGUGGGGAACCAACUUUUGUUCAGUGGGCAGCUGCAGCUGGAAUUGAUCAGAAGGCAUUGAGGAGGCGGUUGAGUUAUGGAACGCAUUGUAAAGACAAAAUGAUCAAAAGCAACAUACGACUGGUUAUUUCUAUUGCAAAGAAUUACCAGGGUGUAGGGUUAAGCAUCCAGGAUCUUGUUCAGGAAGGAUGCCGAGGCUUGGUUCGGGGUGCAGAGAAAUUUGAUGCUUCUAAAGGAUUCAAAUUUUCAACCUAUGCGCACUGGUGGAUUAAGCAGGCAGUUCGGAAGUCUCUCUCUGAUCAGUCCAGGACCAUUCGGUUACCUUUUCACAUGGUUGAUGCAACGUAUCGAGUGAGAGAGGCAACAAAGCAACUAUACAGCGAAAAUGGGAGGCACCCAAACGACGAAGAAGUUGCAGAGGCCACUGGGUUGUCAAUGAAGAGGCUCACCACUGUGCUUCUUACCCCAAAAGCUCCAAGAUCUCUUGAUCAAAAGAUUGGGAUUAAUCAGAAUCUGAAACCUUCGGAAGUGAUAUCGGACCCAGAAGCUGAAACAGCAGAGGAUCUAUUGAUGAAGCAGUUUAUGAAGCAGGAUCUCGAGAAGGUUCUGAAUACCCUGAACCCAAGGGAGAAGCAGGUGGUGAGAUGGAGAUUUGGGCUCGAAGAUGGGCGGAUGAAGACUCUCCAAGAGAUUGGUGAGCUGAUGGGAGUUAGUAGAGAGAGAAUUAGGCAGAUUGAAUCAAGUGCCUUUAGAAAGCUCAAGAACAAGAAGAGAACCAAGAAUCUUAGGCAAUAUCUACUUAGUAACUAACUGGAACUCAAGGGAGUGUUUCUGCAAAUAUGGCAAGGUUGAUAGGUCACUUUAGUGAUGGCAUUCUCUCUCUUCUGCACAUGCCAUGAUUUCGGUCUCGCUGUUGUUGUCCUGAAUGUCCUAUCUGAGUGGACAGCCCGAAUGAAUUGAUGCCUGCCUCGUAGGGAGACAUGGAAUCCGGACCAUCCAUCAGCUUGCCAUCUCCUUUAUUUUGUAGGUAAAUAUAUAUUGUUGGUUUUGGAAUUUGAACAAUCUCAUGAUAGAGAAGCAAGAUGUGAUCGGGCUCCUCGCUUUAUAUAAGAUAUUUCAGUUUUAUUUAUUCUUUU